AUGGAACAAGAUGCAGAGAGAAGCACGAGCACCACCGCCACUGUUGCAUCGACCUCUGAAGUGUCGGAUUUGGAUCCGAUAGCUCGAGUGAGGAAGCUCUUGUUCCGGCAGAUGCUGGUGGGAAUCAAAGACGGGAGAUUCUUCCUCGGCAAUUUCCAUUGCAUUGACAAACAAGGAAACAUAAUCCUCCAAGACACCGUGGAGUAUCGUAGCAUAAGAAGAUCGUCUCCUUCGCCUACAGAGCAGCGUUGUCUCGGUAUGAUCUUAAUCCCUUCGUCUUGCAGAACAUCUUGCCAUGUCGAUUGCUCCAUCGAAGAACAGCUUUCAUUGGUUCAGCUCAAAGAGUAG